UCAUAAAUAUCAAACUCCACUUUCAAGUUUACAUCAUUAGUUCAAAGUUUUUUUCUCCAAACAAAUUAGCAGCUAGCCAUGAAAAUAUUUUUUGUUAUUUUUGCCGUACUUGGUUGUUUUUCAUGGCCUAGUAUGCAGAGCGAUUUGGAGACGUACAUAGUUCAAGUCGAAUCACCAGAAAGCCAAAUUUCCACUCAAUCGCCAAGGACGGAUUUGGAGAGGUGGUACAAGUCUUUCUUGCCAAAUACCAUAGCAACCGCUGGCCCAGAAGAAAAGGCGCGGUUGAUAUAUGCAUAUCACAAUGUGAUCACAGGCUUUGCUGCUAGAUUGUCGGCGAAGCAAGUGAAGGAAAUGGAGAAGAAACCGGGCUUUAAAUCUGCGUGGUCUCAGAGGAUAUUGUCUUUGCACACUACCCAUACUCCGAGUUUUCUCGGAUUGAAACAGAACGUUGGGUUGUGGAAGGAUGCCAACUAUGGUAAAGGUGUGAUCAUUGGAGUCUUGGACACCGGGAUUACCCCUGACCAUCCUUCCUUUAGCGACAAAGGAAUGCCUCCUCCGCCUACUAAAUGGAAGGGCAAGUGUGAAUCGAACUUCACUGAAAAGUGUAACAACAAGAUCAUUGGCGCAAGGGUUUUCCCAACAAGCAGUGAUUCACCAAUAGAUGAAAAUGGACAUGGCACACACACAGCCAGUACGGCUGCUGGCAGGUUCGUGAAAGGUGCCAAUGUGUAUGGUAACGCUAAUGGCACUGCGGUUGGGAUAGCCCCUCUUGCCCAUGUGGCCAUUUAUAAGGUCUGUCAACCGUUUGGUUGCGCUGACAGUGAUAUUCUAGCUGCCAUGGAUGCAGCUAUUGAUGAUGGAGUAGAUAUCCUGUCCCUUUCCCUUGGUGGAGGCAGUAAGGCAUUCUAUAAUGACCCCAUUGCACUCGGGGCAUUCAGUGCCGCAAAGAGAGGCAUUCUUGUAAGUUGUUCAGCCUCUAAUAAUGGUCCAUAUGAUAGUACCUUAUCAAACGAAGCUCCGUGGAUUCUGACAGUAGGUGCAAGCACUCUUGACAGGAAACUAAAGGUCACUGUUAAGCUCGGAAACCAAAAAGUAUUCGAGGGCGAAUCAACAUUUCAUCCAAAGGGUCACAAUUCAGCAUUUUACCCUUUGUUUGAUCCUUCACUGAAUGCAACCGACUUUGACAGCCCUUAUUGCGGAACAGGUACUCUAAAUGACCCUGAAAUUAAAGGAAAAAUUGUUUUGUGCAUGGAGGGUGGUGGUUAUUCCAGGAUUGAAAAAGGACAAGCGGUAAAGGAUGCCGGAGGUGUUGGCAUGAUUCUCUAUACUAUUGCUGAUUAUGGUGCCACUAAGUUUGCCGAUGCUCACGUCCUUCCAGCUCUGUAUAUUUCCUACAAAGAUGGAAUGGAAAUUCUUGAAUACAUGAACACAACAUCGAAACCAAUUGCAAGAAUUACAUUUCAAGGAACAAUAAUCGGAGAUAAAGAUGCUCCAGUGGUUGCUGCAUUUUCUUCUCGCGGACCAAACUUAGCUAGUCCUGGAAUCUUGAAACCUGAUAUUAUUGGUCCUGGUGUUAACAUUCUUGCUGCUUGGCCUACCUCCAUUGACAACAAACCAAAUGCAAAAUCUACCUUCAACAUUAAAUCGGGAACCUCUAUGUCCUGUCCUCACCUCAGUGGAGUAGCAGCAUUGCUGAAAAGUACCCACCCCACUUGGUCCCCUGCAGCUAUCAAAUCAGCAAUCAUGACAACUGCUAACACAGUGAACCUUGCCAACGAUCCCAUAUUAGAUGAAAGGCUCCUUCCAGCGAGCAUCUUUGCCGUUGGUGCAGGACAUGUCAAUCCCUCGAGAGCUAAUGAUCCAGGGCUAGUCUACGACACCCAAUUUAAGGACUACCUGCCUUACCUGUGCGGUUUGAAUUACACAAAUCGACAGGUGGGAAACCUCCUGCAACACAAAGUGGAUUGUAAGGAAGUGAAACGCAUUCCUGAAGGACAACUAAAUUAUCCUUCAUUCUCUAUCACACUCGAAGAAACUUCUCAGACGUAUACGAGAACAGUAACUAACGUUGGGGAAGCUAAAUCAUCUUACAUUGUGGAAAUCGCUUCCCCACCCGGAGUCUCUGUGACUGUUAAGCCCUCCACUCUGAAAUUCUCCAAGUUGAACCAGAAGUUGAAAUACCAAGUGAGCUUUACGAGAAAAGAUAACGGCACAAGCAGCGGUAUUGCUCAAGGAUUCUUGAUAUGGACUAGUAAGAAGUACUCCGUAAGAAGCCCAAUUGCAGUUGUGCUACAACCUAAAAUUGGUUUCUAGUUUUAUUUUCUUCUCGUUUUAGUAACUGGAACAAUGUAUAACAAGCUUAUAGCACUGGUCUCGAUAGAAACCGUGGAAUAAUAAGUAACAAAAGUAUUCACAUU